AUGGGUACAUUCUUUUCUAAGUUGCGCACCCUAUUAUUAAGCAACAAAGCGACAGACACUGUCAUAAACGUUUUCCACGACUCAAAAGAUUCACAUAGAGAAAUGGAAUUGGAGGGCAUAGAACACCGAACUGUAACCGUCAAUGGCAUCAAUAUGCACAUAGCUGAAAAGGGUCAAGGUCCCCUCAUCCUCUUCAUCCAUGGCUUCCCUGAUCUAUGGUAUUCAUGGCGCCACCAGAUCACAUAUCUAGCUUGCCAUGGUUACCGUUGUGUGGCCCCUGAUCUCCGCGGAUACGGAGACACCGAUAUACCAUCCUCACCGACAUCCUACACGAGCCUCCAUGUCGUCGGUGAUAUCAUCGGACUUCUUGAUGCCAUUGCUGGUGAUCAAGAGAAGGUGUUUGUUGUGGGACAUGAUUGGGGUGCCCUUACUGCUUGGUAUCUUUCCCUUUAUCGCCCUGAAAGAAUCAAGGCUCUUGUUAACUUGAGUGUUGCUUUUACUCCUAGAAACCCCAAAAGAAAGCCUCUUGAUACCCUUAGAGCAGUUUAUGGUAAUGACUACUAUAUCUCAAGAUUUCAGGAGCCUGGUGAUAUAGAAGCAGAGUUUGCUGAGAUUGGAACUCAAAGAGUGCUCAAGGAAUUUCUGACUUACCGCAACCCUGGUCCACUUUAUCUACCUAAGGGUAAAGGUUUUGGACAUCCAAUUGAUUCUCCUAUACUGUUGCCCCCAUGGCUAUCUGAACAAGAAUGUAAUUACUAUGCCUCCAAAUUUGACAAGACUGGAUUCACAGGGGCUUUGAAUUACUACAGAAAUAUAGAUCUAAAUUGGGAGCUCAAUGCUCCAUGGACUGGUGCUCAAGUCAAAGUUCCAGUGAAGUUUAUUGUGGGUGAUCUUGACCUUACCUAUAAUGCACCUGGCGCAAAAGAUUACAUUCACAAAGGUGGGAUGAAAAGAGAUGUGCCACUUUUGGAGGAUGUGGUAGUAAUUGAAGGGGCAGGGCACUUCAUCCAUCAAGAAAGGGCUGAUAAGAUCAACACAUACAUUUACGAUUUCUUCAAAAAAUUCUAAUUUGCUCUGGGUUUGCAUCUUCCUCUUAAUCUGUUCCUGCUCAGAUGGCAUCUUUGUUCUGCAUUCUUGCUGAGUGAUUAUUAUCAAAAUGGAAUGUAUGUGCAUGUUUAUGAACUCUUCCUGCUCAGGUUUCAAUAAGAGUGAUAAAAAUAAUGUCAAUGUAAAUGUGUAUGAACUCUUAAUGCUCUAGGUUUAUUAAGGGUGAUAUGAAUAAUACACUGUCAAUGUACACACGGUCCUGUACUAUUAAGAGUGAUAUGAAUAAUUUCAUAAGGUUUCUCAAACAUGA